GCGUCUGCAACCGCGCCGGCCGCCCGCGCCCCGGCGCGCUCCGGCUGGGCCAUGGAGCUGCCAGCUGUUGGCGAGCACGUCUUCGCGGUGGAGAGCAUCGAGAAGAAGCGGAUCCGCAAGGGCAGAGUGGAGUAUCUGGUGAAAUGGAGAGGCUGGUCCCCCAAAUAUAACACGUGGGAACCCGAGGAGAACAUCCUGGAUCCCCGGCUGCUGAUCGCCUUCCAGAACAGGGAACGGCAGGAGCAGUUGAUGGGAUAUCGGAAGAGAGGGCCGAAGCCCAAACCGCUGGUGGUGCAGGUGCCUACCUUUGCCCGUCGCUCCAAUGUACUGACCGGACUCCAGGACUCCUCCGCGGACAGCCGCGCCAAGCUGGAGCUGGGCGCGCAGGGCAAGGGCCAGGGGCACCAGUACGAGCUCAACAGCAAGAAGCAUCACCAGUACCAGCCGCACAGCAAGGAGCGGGCGGGCAAGCCCCCACCGCCGGGCAAGAGCGGCAAAUACUACUACCAGCUCAACAGCAAGAAGCACCACCCUUACCAGCCCGACCCCAAAAUGUACGACCUGCAGUACCAGGGCGGCCACAAGGAGGCGCCCAGCCCCACCUGCCCGGACCUGGGCGCCAAGAGCCACCAGCCCGACAAGUGGGCCCACGGUGCGGGGGCCAAGGGCUACCUGGGAGCCGUGAAACCCCUGGCCGGAGCGGCCGGAGCUCCGGGAAAAGGCUCCGAGAAGGGCCCCCCCAACGGGAUGACACCGGCCCCCAAGGAGGCGGUGACGGGCAACGGGAUUGGGGGCAAGAUGAAGAUCGUCAAGAACAAGAACAAAAACGGGCGCAUCGUGAUCGUGAUGAGCAAGUACAUGGAGAACGGCAUGCAGGCGGUGAAGAUCAAAUCCGGAGAGGCGGCCGAGGGCGAGGCCCGCUCCCCCAGCCACAAGAAGCGGGCCCCCGAGGAGCGCCACCCCCCGGCCGACAGGACUUUGAAGAAGGCGGCAGGUGCGGAGGAGAAGAAGCCGGAGGCGCCCUCCAAGAGGAGGGAGGAGGAGGCGCCGGGGGUCGGUGACCCGCCGCCGCAGGACGCGGCCGCCCGUAAGCUGUCCCCGCCCAAGGAGGCCUUCAGCGAGCAGCCCCUGCAGCUCACCACCAAGCCCGACCUGCUGGCCUGGGACCCGGCCCGGGGCGCGCACGCCCCUUCCCACCACCAUCACCACCACCACCACCACCACCACCACCACGCCGUCGGCCUCAACCUGUCCCACGCGCGCAAGCGCUGCCUCUCCGAGACCCACGGCGAGCGCGAGCCCUGCAAGAAGCGCCUGACGGCGCGCAGCAUCAGCACCCCCACCUGCCUGGGGGGCAGCCCGGCCGCCGAGCGCCCCGUGGACGCGCCGCCCGCCGCCGCCGCGCUCCCGCAGCCCGAGGUCAUCCUGCUGGACUCGGACCUGGACGAGCCCAUAGACUUGCGCUGCGUCAAGACGCGCGGCGACGCCGGGGAACCGCCCAGCUCCCUCCACGUGAAGCCGGAGGCGCCCGCGACGGUGGCGGUGGCGGCGGUGGCGGCAGCGGCGCCGGCUACAGCGGCCGAGAAGCCUCCGGCCGGGGCCCAGGACGAGCCCGCGGAGCCGCUGAGCGAGUUCAAGCCCUUCUUUGGGAAUAUAAUUAUCACCGACGUCACCGCGAACUGCCUCACCGUCACGUUCAAGGAGUACGUGACGGUGUAGCCUGAGGGCGUGGGAAGGGGACGCGCCACCCACUCGGGGACUUAGCACCUGGGGGCUCGGGGCGGGCUCCCGUCUCGCCGACCGCGGGAGGUCCGGGCGGUGCCCGCUCCUGGGGGAGGUGCCCGCCCCGGAGGAGGUGCCCGCCGCGGCCCGCCUCCUCCCACGCGGUGGCGGCCCCGGGUGUCGCCCGCCCCGCCCUCGUGGACCUCCGGACCCGACAGGGCAGCCACGCGCGGCGGUGUCAGAGUUAUAGUAUUAUAUUUUAACCGUGCUAACUUGUCAAGUGCUGACUCUUACUCCCGUUUGUACGUGGUGUUAUUAUUGAAAUGUAUUGUUUGAGCUCAAAAGGCCCGACCACCCCCCUUCGGGCUGCUAUAUAUAUAUAUUUAUUUGUAGGUAUUUAUAUAUUGAAAUAUAAAAACCUAGAUUUAUGGAGUUUCCUCUAGAUCAUGUUAUAUUCUAUAUCAGACAGACUAUUUUCUGUUGACCUUUUCCCUCUUCGUUCAGUAUUUCGGUUGAUUUCAUCUCCUCCCUUCCAGGAACUGCAAUACCAGUGACCUUGGUAUAUAUUUUUUGAUACUGUACACAUGGAUGUGUUGUUUCUAUGUGCAAAAAAGAAAAAAGAAAAAGAAAAAAAAAGAAGGUUUGUUAAAAGGCUAAACGAGCUCUCUAGAAACUGCUGCUACUAGAAACGUCUAAACUAUAAGCUUCCAGUUAUUACCUGCUUGAAUGUAAAUAUUAA